CUCUUCCACAACGAUUCUGAUUGGAGGAAGUCAGAAGCCGCCGGCGGAGCCGCUUUCAGGAGCUGCUUGAGGGGUGGGGGCCGGGAGUUGCUGUCGCCUCGACCAGAAGGGUUGUUGGAGAUAAAUCCUUUGUUUGUGUUAAAGAUACUUGAUCCUUUUGUUGUACCAGUUUAUUGUCUUUUCAGUGUAGGGUGCCAAAGUGCCUGUAGCACAGAGGAUAGCUGUAAGCACAUUUGCUCAAUAACACCAGCCUUCGUUCACCUGAGUUUUAAAAUAUCAAUCCAUCCACAGGUAAUUUGUUCCAGUCAACUUUCCUUUGAUCUUCCCUGGGUUGAGGUUUCCCAGGCCACUUUUUCAUUGGGAAAUGCAUCAUUUUGAAGAGGAACUCACUUGUUCCAUUUGUUAUAGUAUAUAUGAAGAUCCCCGUGUAUUACCCUGUUCACAUACAUUUUGUAGAAACUGUUUGGAAAGUGUUCUUCAGUUAUCAAGCAACUUUUCCAUAUGGAGACCUUUAAGACUUCCCCUGAAGUGCCCCAACUGUAGAAGCAUUGUUGAAAUCCCACCGUCUGGUACAGACUCUUUGCCUAUAAACUUUGCACUAAAAGCUAUAAUUGAAAAAUAUCAGCAAGAUGACCAUCCAGAUGUGGCUACUUGUACUGAACAUUAUAGGCAGCCACUAAAUGUCUAUUGCCUGUUAGACAAAAAAUUGGUGUGCGGGCAUUGCCUUACAAUAGGAAAACAUCAUGGCCAUCCUAUAGAUGAUCUUCUAAGUGCCUACAUGAAAGAAAAGGAAACUCCUAGUAAACUCCUUGAGCAGUUGACUGAUAAACACUGGAGUGAAGUAUGUUUGCUUAUUGAAAACUUGGAGGAGCAGAAAGCCAAAUGUGAAAGCAUUGUCCAGGAGGAUAAGAAAACUGUGUUGCAAUAUUUUAAGAGACUGAAUGAUGUACUAGAUCAUAAAAAACAAGCUUUGCUUGCAGCACUGGAUGAAGUGAACACACAGAUUGCUGCAGAAUAUGAGCCGCUCAUUGAAAGGAUGAAGGGAAUACGAGAAGAGCAGCUUGAAUUAAUGUCUCUAAAUACAUCCAUUCAGGAGGAAGAGUCUCCCCUUCUUUUUCUAGAAAAAGUUGAGGAUGUCCGUCAGCGUGUCAAAGCUUUGAAGAAAAAGCCAUUACCAAGUAUUAGACCUGUUGAAAUCUACCCUCGAAUAGGACAGGUGUUAAAAGAUGUGUGGACCAAAACUGAAAUUAGUGAAAUUAAUAAGAUUAUCACUCCUCAGAUAAAGUUGAUUUCCAAAGGAAAAGUAUGUCAUGGCUGUGAAAAAGAGAACAGUAAACAUAAAGAAUUUUGGCCGUUGCUUCUAGCACUUACAAUAAUUUCAUUGGUUGUGGCACAUCUCCUUUCAGCUGAAGAUGAAGUUGCCUUCCCUUAUGUUCUGAAUGUUUUGGAAAAUGUUUAUCAUGACUCCAAUAAUAGGUUGCAGGCUGCAAUGGAAGUUGUGCGCCAAUACCUGUGUAAAGUAAUUUCUUUGUUCAUAUGAAUAUUUCUAGUAGCAAGAGCUCCUAUGUGAUGAUCAGGACAAGAAACAACAUGGAUUGAGUUAUAAUUUUUUGCAGAUUUUUAUAGCGGUUUGCUGAAGAUGAUAUCCUAGGAAAUAAACAGUGAGGAUAGAUUGCAUUGACAGCUGGGUUACAGUUUCUAAACAGAUCUCACCAACAACAAUGGUUUGUAUUGGGGUGAAUGUUUUAUUAAGAAUUAAAUUGAUUCCUCAGACUUGCUGGUGUUACACAUACAGGCUGCUACCUCUUCCAGCAAAGCUUACAAAGAGAAAUUAGGGAGACAUGUAAGGGCAGGCUGUGAGUCAGGAGAAACUGCUAAUGAAAAUCCUGUUCUCUUGAAACUAAUUUUUUAUAAGCAUUACAUCUUGCCAGGCGUCAUUCCACAAGUAAGGGGUAGCUGAAAUUAAAAUUCUAGCAGUUCAAGGUAUAUUUAAAUAUCCUAUAACCUUUUACUAAAUUCCAUAGGUGCCCAUAUUGGUGCUUAGGUGUAGAAAAGACCAAAGAUUGCAAAAUGCAUUAAAAAUAUCUUAACCACUAAAAAAAAUAAAAUUGGACAAUGGAUCUUAAACUUCAUUUAGGGUAAGGAAGUAUUUGGUUUUUGACUUGGCAACUUUUGUUAAACAUUAGAAAUAUUGUCUAAUUGUAUUUUAAUGAUUGUAAUUAAGAUUAUUUACAGAAGGCUUACAUGUUUAGUCUUUAAGAAUUGAAUUGUGAUCAUCCAAGACUGGUGGAUUGUUUUGUUUGAACGUUUUCAGUGUUCACUGUAUAUAUUUUGGUAUAAGUUAUCCAACCUGGGGAUAUUGCUGUAGACAACACUUGAUAUUAAUACACAAACUAUGUAGCCUUUCUCAUAUACUUCAGAAUUCUAAGUCUUUGCUAUGAAAUAAAUCACUCAACUUCCAUGGACCUUAACUGUUGCAUGUUAUAGACUGGAGCCUGAUCUUUGCAACAGCUCUGUGGGCUAAUAAUAUGACAGGUCAGCCAGAAUUUGAACUUGUCACUUCUAACAUAAAAUAAUAAAAAUUUGGAAAUGGUAUUUCCCCAGUGCUUGAGUUAGAAGUGCCUCCUGUACCUGCUCACUAAGGUUUGCACCUUAUGUUUUUGAGACUGGAGAGUAAUAACUAGCAGCAGGGGAGAUGAUAAAGAUAUGCCUCUAACCAUGGCUAGUAAUACUUUCACUCUUGGCAGGACAGUUGACCCAAAGUUUUUGUGAGGCUUCAGGAGGAAAUUUGUCCUUUGAACCAGUGAACAGAUUAUGUUAGCACUGUACUAGAAGUUGUCACUGCCAACUAGAUGUGCAUUGUAUGUGCUGAAAUUGCCACUGCUACUGUAGGUGCAUCUUAAUUAUGCCCACUCCCUUAUAGUCUCAUUUUGUGGGAGAUGUGAUAUACUUUCAUUUUGCUCUACACAUGACAUCUGCAGGUUCCUAGCUGUCAAAUAAAAUAGCAAAAUGGGUUGUGUUAAGUAUACCCUUGAAUUAAUUCAGUGUCAUAUCUUUUUUGUAACUCCCCAGUCUCAUUAUUCUUGGCCUCCAUCCAGCUGUUGUGAAAUCUAAACUUGGGCUAUAUAUGUAUGGUGAAACCUGUAUGGUGAGCAGCUUGCCAGUUUACAACAUCCUCCAUAUUUGGAUUGCAGCUGGCGACCAUACAAUUACAUGAGUGGCUAAGGUCCUUUCUCUAAGCCCUCAGGAUUUGGGGCUAGUAGUGUACUUGGCUUCAUGGCAUUAAUUUUUUAAAAGUAUUACAAGUUAUUUUUAUGAGACUUGGAUUGUUUUUAAAUCUUAACCUGUUUCAAUAAUUCAGAAUUUGUAAUUUUCAUCUACUAAGUAUUUUAAUAAACUUUCAUUUUAGCUA